AGGAGAGCCUCUACUGCCGGCCCAGGGUUUCUAUACAGAGCCCGAAGACUUGCCUCAGGAGCCGGUGCUCGAACAGGCUGGCAUCUGGGAGUAUUGGAAGGCUCCGCCUCCCUUUGAGGCAUCGCUAGCGCUCCAUUCGAAGUGCGAGGAGGAAGGUGAAGAUGUCAUCACUCGCUUCGACAAUGCAGGUCGACUCACAGCGCUGCGGCGGAAGCACGACCACGCGCCAGGUGCUGCGAAGACCCGCCGGAUCUCUUUGUCGCAGGUGACGCCCCCGACUCCGGCGAAGGUGAAAGCCUUGAGGCCCUC